CCUUAAUUAUUCCUCAUCCCAGUGUUCAUAAGCCGUGCAGCUGCUGCAGCACUCCUCCGUAAGCCACGAGAAGCAUUGCUUGCAGAGACGACGAUGACGGGGUUUGGCUCUCCCUGCGGGGCUUGCAAGUUCCUGAGGAGGAAGUGCGUGAGGGGCUGCGUCUUCGCCCCUUACUUCUGCCAUGAACAGGGAGCGGCCCACUUCGCGGCGAUCCACAAGGUGUUCGGCGCCAGCAACUUCUCCAAGAUCCUCAUGCACCUCCCCGUGGCCGAUCGAUCCGAGGCGGCCAUCACCGUCUCCUACGAGGCCCAGGCGAGGCUCCAAGAUCCCGUCUACGGUUGCGUCGCCCACAUCUUCGCCCUCCAACAACAAGUCGUCAAUCUGCAAGCGCAACUGGCCUCUCUUAGAGCUCAGGCAACCCAAGGGCUCGGAAGCAGCACCGAAGCCGAUCGAACUCCUCGAGAAGACAAGCCACCCCCUUACCAGCAAGAUAACCAAAGCUUCUUUCGGACUGCAGAUGGAAGAACACCGCCUCCUUUCUCUUCGACUCCCUCAAUGGAUUUAGAUAACGUCGUGAACAGCCGCCAUUACGACGUCGGCAGUGAGCAUAUCUCCUUCGACGAUGGCUCGUUCGCAAUGGCCUCUCCCGGCAUGCAAGCCAGCAGUUGGAGCUCAGCUUACCAUCAUGACAUGGAAGACCUUCAGUCAGUGGCAUUAGCUUAUCUGGGUCGCUCAUGAGGAAGUCGAUCGAUGCAUCCGUGCAUGCAGCUUCUUUGCAUGGAGAAGAGUAUGCGACGCGAUCAUGUAGCAGCAGCUGAUACAUGAGGUGUGUGUGUGUGUGUGUUAGAACACAGAUAGGGAGAUGAGAA